AAAAGAAAAAAGGAUUACAUUGGCGGUGAUUUAAUAUUUCAACCACAAGAUGAGUCACGGCGGGAGACUACUCCCAAUGGGUUUUUUUUAAUACUUUUUUUUUUUCUUUAAAUAUUCUUUAUUUGAUUAAUAAUACAUGAGUUUCAAAAAGCGUAACGCAGAUCAGCAACCCAAGUUACCGCCUGGUACAAGACUUAGUGCCUAUAAUGGUCAGCUACUUAUUUCUACUGGUGUCCCUUCGUUGGAUGAUAUAUUAGGAGGUGGACAACCAGUAGGCACAAUUAUGCUCAUCAAAGAAGAUCGUGCUACGACUUAUGCACAGCUUUUACUCAAAUAUUUUCUUGCUCAAGGUAUUAGUUCAGGUCAUCAUUGUGCAAUUGCUUCUCGUGAUGAGGAUCCAGAAGAAAUGUUAAAAACACUCAUGUGGUUAUCAACUUCAGAUCGAGACGAUGAUGAAGAAAGUGAAACAACAAAAAAUGCACGUAACAAUGCUGAAAGUGAUCGUUUAAAGAUUGCAUGGCGUUACUCACAUUUAAAGCGCUUUGAAACAACUGUAAAAGCCAAGCCAGCUUCACCUACUUCUUCGCCUGUUACCAAAUCUUCAGAUCAAGCAGAAAAGACAGGCGAUGAACCAAAGCCUUAUUGUAGCCAAUUUGACUUGACAAAGAGAAUACCAUCCACAGUUUUAGAUGAGGCAAAUACACAUAUUAUGCAUUGGGGAAAUGAUAUAGAGGAGACAGAUAAUCAAGAUGAUUACAAGUGCUUAUUAAAUGAAAUCCAAAAAGUCGUUUUGAAAGGCAAUUUCAGUUCUGCUAUACCCGUUGCUCCUGGUACACCACGUCAUGCGUUAAGAGUAGCUAUUCAUUCUUUAGCAUCACCAAGUUGGAGAUCCAAGUCACCUCAUGACUUGUAUAAAUUUUGUCAUGCACUUCGUGGAUUACUUCGAUUUUCAUUUGGUACAGCUAUUAUUACAGUUCCUGCUUAUCUUUAUGAUGAAGUACCUUAUGUUAUAAAACGUAUUGAGCAUAUGGUGGAUGCAGUUAUUGAAAUAGAAUCAUUCGCAGGUGACCCCGUACAUAACGAGGCUGCUUAUAUUCAAAAUUACCAUGGCUUUUUCCAUGUUCAUAAACUCCCUGUUUUAAAUUCACUUUUACCUCCUAGUACCAAGUUAUCUGUAUUAUCAGGUGGAGGUAGCAACGAUUUAGGAUUUAAACUUCGUCGUAAACGAUUUGCAAUAGAAACCUUCCAUUUACCUCCAGAAGGAGGCGUUGUUACACGUCGAACUGAGCCGCCAUCUUCAACAACAAAAACUAAUAAAAGGAAUAAUAGUGAACAGCAAUCAGAUGUUAUCAAGUCAAAUAGUAAUAGUAUCGGUUUAUCUUCUCUUGCAAAUCGUGGGCCUAAAAAACUUGGCCCCGGUGUAGGCUGCGGUUCUCUUCCUGGUAAAGUGGAUCCUCUUGAAUUUUAAAUUAUAGUAAGAGUUCUCUUUUCCAUUAAUAGUAAAUAAAUAAAUAAAAAAAAAAUAAUUUAUAAUAGUAGAU